CUUUCCGCCAAAGGAAAGAAAGUGACAACCGGAAACUGGAUGUCAUUUUGUGUCUGUUUCCAAGCUCUUCAAGAGUUCAAAUACGAAACGAACUCUCUUCUUCUUCUUCUUCUUCUUCCUGCCCAUAAUCACCGCCGCCGCCGCUGACGACUCUUGAGAGAUAAACCAGAAAAAGGUUUCUUCUUUUCUUUAUUUGUCCGUAAUGGAGGCGCCGCUGCUCCAAUCCCGCGGUACAGAUCACGGCCGGAAAGAAGGAAAUGAUGACGACAACAAGAAAUUCGAUUCUUCCGUUCUCGGGGACUUCGGCAACGAGUCUCGUACGCUGUGGAAGAUCGCCGGCCCGGCCAUCUUCACCUCCAUUUCUCAGUACUCCCUCGGCGCCCUCACGCAGACGUUCACCGGCUUCGUCGGCGAGCUCGAGCUCGCCGCCGUCUCCGUCGAGAAUUCCGUCGUCGCUGGGCUCGCCUUUGGCGUCAUGCUGGGAAUGGGGAGCGCAUUGGAGACGCUAUGUGGGCAAGCCUACGGAGCAGGGCAGAUCAGGAUGCUGGGGAUUUACAUGCAGCGAUCAUGGGUUAUUCUUUUGACCACCGCUUGUUUGCUGGUUCCUGUUUACAUUUGGUCUCCUCCAAUCCUUAAUUUCUUCGGAGAGACCUCUGAGAUAUCCAAUGCCGCAGGGGAAUUCGCUAUAUGGAUGCUGCCGCAGUUAUUCGCCUACGCAUUGAACUUCCCGAUCCAGAAGUUCCUGCAGGCGCAGAGCAAAGUGAUGGUGAUGGCCUGGAUCUCCGCGGUAGUUCUGGUCCUGCACACGUUCUUCAGCUGGCUGCUGAUUCUGAAGCUCGGCUGGGGACUAGUCGGAGCAGCGCUGGUGCUCAAUGCUUCCUGGUGCAUCAUAGUCGUAGCACAAUUGGGCUACAUUUUCAUCACUGGGUCCGACGGAGCCUGGAAUGGCUUCUCGUGGCUCGCGUUUUCGGACCUCUGGGGUUUCGUCAAGCUCUCUCUAGCCUCUGCGGUCAUGCUAUGCUUGGAGUUUUGGUACUUGAUGGUCUUGGUUGUUAUAACGGGCAGAUUGCCGAACCCUCUGAUCCCUGUGGAUGCCAUCUCAAUUUGUAUGAACCUGAACGGAUGGGACGCCAUGAUUGCGAUCGGAUUCAAUGCCGCGAUUAGCGUCAGGGUGUCGAACGAGCUGGGAGCAGGAAACGCUCGAGCAGCGAAAGUGUCGGUCGUGGUGGUAUCAGCUACGUCGGUCGCGAUAGGGGUGAUCUCCCACCGCCUCUUCCAAUCUCCUUCACUGAGGAAUCCAGAGCUUGCCGGAGAGAUUGAGACCGUCCUAGUCCUCUGGGCCGCCGCUACCCUCCGUAUCAGCGGUGGGGAUGGGGAGUUGGAGAGGAGGAAGAGACGGGAGAGAAUGAGGUUGUGGAGAGCGGCGACAGCUUCGACGAUCGAGAAGGAUAGGUCGGGGAUUCAGGAAGAGCGACGACCCUUGUACCGACUUCAGAUUCGAUUAUUCCUACCGAAAGAUGCCAAAACUUUUGUCUUGACAUGUGUCGCUAUUGGAGCUGGAUGGCAAUCUCUGGUGGCUUACAUCAAUAUUGGAUGUUAUUACAUAGUUGGGUUGCCUGCUGGGAUUCUUCUGGGUUUCACGUUUGGUUUUGGAGUUGAGGUAAAGAGAUUUUCUCCUCCUUUCAGAGAGACAGAUAUGUAAUCUGACUUGAUAUGUCGAGAGUGAUAGCGUAAGUUGAUAUCGCGUCAGAUUGCGUUUCCAAAACAAUGUUACCUCGUGCUAACACGGUACAAUCUUAUUACACACAAUCAACAUUCAAGAGUCGUUUUCUUAUCUGCGUGCAGGGGAUAUGGACAGGAAUGAUUGCAGGAAUAGUUUUGCAGACCAUAAUUCUGGUGGUGAUCACUGCAAUAACUGAUUGGGAAUCAGAGGCUGCAUUAGCUGAGGGUCGGGUUAAGAAAUGGGGAGGAUCAUCAGGGCGUCACUAGAAGAAGUUAAAAAUUUGUUGCUCUCUGGUGUUUCUUUCUUUCUUUCACCCCUUGUUAUUGUUAUCUGUAAAUGAGCAAGUGUAUAACUCAUGGGCAAGCAACCACAUUAAUCCUCUCAGUUCCAUCCAUUUUUGAACAUAGGUAUACAGAAAAAAGGGAAAAGAGGGAUGUUGUUAUUGAAGAAACGAUUCAUGAAUGAUAAUAACAAUGAUGGGUUAAAUGUUCAGAUAAACUCAUGUUGUAAAGAGAUUGAAAAGAGAUAAAAAGAUAAACUCGUGUGUACUUUGAGAAAAAAUCCGUUGACGAAUGAGGGUGGCCAUCUAUUG